ACUAGAUUUUUACCAGCUCCAAAGUUAUCAACAGAGAUGAACGGCUCAGCUUUGGUGAGGUCAAAUCUGGUAGCCAAAGGUCAUGGUGGAGCUAUAGGUUUACAGAGUUUGGCGUUUAAAAAUGCGUUGCAGUCACGUCGCAACACUACUGCAGCGGCUCCUCCACCAGAAUUAAAGGCGUCUUACGGUAACCUCUCAGAUUCCGACAGGAUCUUUACGAAUCUGUAUGGACGCCACGACUGGCAACUGAAGGGUGCGUUAAAACGUGGUGAUUGGUACAAGACGAAAGAAAUUUUGAUAAAAGGUACAGAUUACAUUAUUAAUGAAGUUAAGACUUCCGGUUUGAGAGGACGUGGUGGUGCCGGUUUCCCUACUGGUAUGAAAUGGAGUUUUAUGAACAAACCUUCUGAUGGCCGCCCAAAGUAUUUGGUUGUUAACGCUGAUGAAGGAGAACCUGGUACUUGCAAAGAUCGUGAAAUUAUGAGACAUGAUCCACAUAAAUUGAUUGAAGGAUGUUUGGUUGCUGGCAGAGCAAUGGGAGCUUGUGCUGCUUACAUUUAUAUCCGUGGAGAGUUUUACAAUGAAGCUUCGAAUUUGCAACAAGCUAUUUGUGAAGCAUACCAAGCUGGUCUUAUUGGAAAAAAUGCGUGCAACUCUGGUUAUGAUUUUGAUGUAUUUGUGCACAGAGGAGCUGGUGCUUAUAUUUGUGGAGAAGAAACAGCACUUAUUGAGUCACUUGAAGGCAAACAAGGUAAACCAAGAUUGAAGCCUCCUUUCCCAGCUGAUGUUGGAGUUUUCGGCUGUCCCACUACAGUAUCUAAUGUUGAAACAGUAGCUGUUGCACCUACCAUUUGCCGCCGUGGUGGAGCAUGGUUCUUGGGUCUUGGAAGACCUAGAAAUUCUGGAACUAAGCUCUUCAAUAUAUCUGGUCAUGUAAAUAAUCCGUGCACUGUUGAAGAAGAAAUGUCAAUUCCAUUAAAAGAACUGAUUGAACGACACGCUGGUGGUAUAAUUGGUGGUUGGGAUAAUUUGUUAGCUGUAAUUCCUGGAGGUUCAUCAACACCACUUAUACCAAAAGAUGUUUGUGAAACGGCAAUUAUGGACUUUGAUGGGUUGGUAGCAGCUCAAACUAGUUUAGGAACAGCUGCUUUGAUCGUAAUGAACAAGCAAACUGAUAUUGUAAAAGCUAUUGCUCGUUUAAUUAUGUUUUAUAAACAUGAAUCAUGCGGACAAUGUACACCUUGUCGUGAGGGUAUCAAUUGGAUGAAUAAAAUUAUGUAUAGAUUUGUUGAUGGACAAGCUCAUUCUUCAGAAAUUGAUAUGUUGUGGGAGAUUAGUAAGCAAAUUGAAGGGCACACUAUAUGUGCUCUUGGAGAUGGUGCCGCAUGGCCUGUACAAGGGCUGAUUAGACAUUUUAGACCUGAACUUGAACACAGAAUGAAGAAGUACCAAGAGCAAAAUGAAAAACAAGCUUUAUGUAACUAAUAGUUUUUUCAAUAGUAAUUACCUAACAUUGGUCUAUAAAUAUUGUUCAAUUGUAAUUUUAUCAAAUUUGUUUUGACCAGUUAAUUAGUUAUUUAUAAAUAUAUAAAUAAUAAUAUUAAAUACAUUGAAAAAAAUAUAUGUAUUAUUGAUAUUUUUACCUACUAUGAUAAUUUGUUGUCUAUAAUAUUCAAAUGAUUUUUUUUUUUUUUUUGUUAAAAGAAAUAGAAUUUUAAUUAAAUAAUAGUUUAUUAUAUUUAAUGAUAUCAUAACAUAUAUUAUAAUUACACAAUAGAUAAAACUUCUAUGUAAACUUCACUAUAUAAUUAUACUCAACAGGCACUAAUAAAAAAUUUUCAAUUCAACUAUAUGUAUUCAUUAAACUCAAUUUAAAAUUUGGAUUAGGGAAAAAUGUUUUUAUUUGGGUUAUUUAUUUUCUACCUAGUAUUAAUAUAAGUAUACUUUACUAAGCCAAUAGUAUUACAAUAAUGAUUUAGUAUACUGAAUUUAAGUAGGUAAACAAGUAAUAAUGGUAGACAAUCAAUUAUUAAUUUUUUUUAAAUUUCAUUUACUAAUAUCAAUCGUGUUUAUUUUUUUGAUUAACAUGAUAUUAUAAUGUUAUUUGACAUAUUUUUGUAAAUUUAAUCAUAAGAUGUCUCAAUAUGGCGUAACACUAACAUUGGUAACUAUUAUCAAUAAAUAGUUUAUUAUUUUUU